GUUCACGUCAAAGAUUCGGCUCUAUGAGCCAUUUCGUUCGCGACCGACACAUCACUAUUCUGAAGCAGUGUGUUGAUCUUUUUGGCACACGCACCGGAGCGUCAGCUUCAAGCGGACCAUCACUACCUCUCACGUCUAAAGCAGGAGGAGAAGAGUCUGACGGAGCAGCAGAGGAACAUUUUCAGCUACUUGGACUCAGCUCAGCCACUACAGAGAAAACAAUGAGCUCAACACAGAAGGACCAACAUGGACCAAGAAGUCAGCGCUCUCAGGAGGCCGACAAACCUCACAGAAGAAAGAGAGAGAAAACAUACAGCUGUGACGAGUGUGGGAAGGAUUUUACUGUGAAGGCUAAACUAAAACAGCAUCAGGUCAUCCACACUGUAGAGAGACCGUUCAGCUGUGACUUGUGUGGAAAGUCUUUUUCCAGGAAGGAUUCCCUAAAACAACACCAACUCAUCCACAGUGGAGUUAAAGCGUACAGCUGUGACGAGUGUGGCAGAGCUUUUACUCACAGUAGCAGCUUACAGAGUCAUCUAGUUACCCACUCUGGAAUUAAGGCAUACAGCUGUGACGAGUGUGGAAAGUCUUUUUCCAGGAAGGGUCACCUAAAACAACACCAACUCAUCCACAGUGGAGUUAAACCAUACAGCUGUGAUGAGUGUGGCAGAGCUUUUACUUGCAGUAGCAGCUUACAGAGUCAUCUAGUUACCCACUCUGGAAUUAAGGCAUACAGCUGUGACGAGUGUGGAAAGUCUUUUUCCAGGAAGGGUCACCUAAAACAACACCAACUCAUCCACAGUGGAGUUAAAGCGUACAGCUGUGAUCAGUGUGGCAGAGCUUUUACUCACAGUAGCAGCUUACAGAGGCAUCUAGUUACCCACUCUGGAAUUAAGGCAUACAGCUGUGACGAGUGUGGGAAGGAGUUUACUGAGAAGGCUAACCUAAAACUUCAUCAGGUCAUCCACACUGGAGAGAGACCGUUCAGCUGUGACUUGUGUGGAAAGUCUUUUUCCUUGAAGAGUUACCUAAAAAAACACCAACUCAUCCACAGUGGAGUUAAAGCGUACAGCUGUGAUCAGUGUGGCAGAGCUUUUACUCACAGUAGCAACUUAAAGAAUCAUUUACUUACCCACUCUGGAAUUAAGGCAUACAGCUGUGACGAGUGUGGGAAGGAGUUUACUGAGAAGGCUAAACUAAAACUUCAUCAGGUCAUCCACACUGGAGAGAGACCGUUCAGCUGUGAUCAGUGUGGAAAGUCUUUUUCCAGGAAGGAUUCCCUAAAACAACACCAACUCAUCCACAGUGGAGUUAAAGCGUACAGCUGUGAUCAGUGUGGCAAAGCUUUUACUCACAGUGGCAGCUUACAGAGUCAUCUAGUUACCCACUCUGGAAUUAAGGCAUACAGCUGUGACGAGUGUGGGAAGGAUUUUGCUAUGAAGGCUAAACUAAAACUUCAUCAGGUCAUCCACACUGGAAAGAGACCGUUCAGCUGUGACUUGUGUGGAAAGUCUUUUUCCUGGAAGGAUUCCCUAAAACUACACCAACUCAUCCACAGUGGAGUUAAACCGUACAGCUGUGAUCAGUGUGGCAGAGCUUUUACUCACAGUAGCAGCUUACAGAGUCAUUUACUUACCCACUCUGGAAUUAAGGCAUACAGCUGUGACGAGUGUGGGAAGGAGUUUACUGAGAAGGCUAAACUAAAACUUCAUCAGGUCGUCCACACUGGAGAGAGACCGUUCAGCUGUGACUUGUGUGGAAAGUCUUUUUCCUGGAAGGAUUCCCUAAAAAAACACCAACUCAUCCACAGUGGAGUUAAAGCGUACAGCUGUGAUCAGUGUGGAAAAACUUUCAGCCAG